AGCAUCUUUAACUACUGACUGUUGGCGACUCCAACACUCGGUUUGGGUUAUAAGUUCGUUUUUCAGUCUUCAAGCCACUGAAGUGAGUGUUUGAAACUCUUUACAUUUGCCGUGCCAGAGUCUAUCACCCUCGCGAGCAUUCAUGUGAAAUGGAGCUCGUUCAACCAUUAUCACAGCAAACUCUCGAUUCGGAAAAAGCAUGCAAGGAGAACAGCAGCGUAAUAGAAAAUCAUGGAGAUGGUCACUUGAAUGGGAUGUCGAAUGGAUUUGAUAGGAAGAAGGAGCACAAAUCCGAUCACAAGGACAGGGAUAAAGAGCGAUCGCAUAAAUCGGAGCACCGAGAUAAAGAUAAAGACAGGAGCAAGGAUAAAGAGAGGAGUCAUAAAAGUGAGCAUAGAGAUAAGGAUCGUCAUAAGGACAAGGAUAAGCAUAGUUCAAGUUCCUCUAGGGACAAGGACAAGCAUAGUAGUAGUAGCAGCAGCAGGGACAAGGACAAAGAUAAAAAGAGUAGUUCCUCUUCCAGCAAGGAUAAGGAACACAAGAGUAGCAGCAGCGGUAGCUCCAGCAAGGACAAGGAUAAGGAGAGAUCGAAGGACAAGGACCAUCAUCACAAGUCCAGUUCCAGUUCAAAGGACAAGGACAAGCAUAGUUCCAGUUCCAGUUCCAAGGAUAAAAGUAGCUCCAGUAAAGAUAGAGACAAGGACAAGGAAAAGAGUUCAAGUUCCAGUAAGGACAAAGACAAGGACAAGGACAAGGACCGGCACAAGAGUUCGUCCUCAUCCUCACGGGACAAGGACAAGAGCAAAGACAAGGAUAAGAAACACUCCAGUUCUCAUUCGUCCUCCGACAAGGACAAGCAUCGAUCUGACAAGGACAAACAUCGACAUGACAAGGAUCGUCAUCGACAUGAUAAAGAGAAAUCUAAACAUCGAGAUGAGAAGGAUAAAAAGGAGAAAGUUAAGGAAGAACCUAAAAUUAAGGAAGAAAUGGAAGUUGAAACUAAGGUUGAGGUGAAAAAUGAACCGAUGAACAAUAGCUUUGAAGAAGUCAAAAAGGAGCCAAUUACUCAACAAGAGGACUUAUCGCAGCAAGAUAUGGAUGACGAUGAUAGUGGAGAGGAACGGCCUCUUUACAUUAAAGAAGAGGAUGAUGACGAGAAGGAAGAGAAACCUAAAGGAAAUGACGAUGAGGAUGAUGAUGAUUCUGGUAAUGACACGAGACUUUCUCAACUUCAUAACACCACUGUGGAAAAGACUGAAGAUUCAGACGAAGACAUGCCAUUGUCGUCGCGAAAGAAACCGUCCCCAAGUGUUAAAAGAAAAGUAGAAUCCUCUGACGAAGAAGAAGAAAUCCCAUUAUCUGCUCGCAAGAAGCCCAAGAAAGAAGUUGUCAAGAGCAAAAAGAAGAAGAAAAAGGAGUCUGACUACGAAGAAUCGGAUUACGAGGAAGAUGAGAAACCCAAAAAGAAGAAACAAAAGGCUCAAAAACCUGUAAAGGCUGUGAAAAGUGAAACCACGACUCCCAGUCCGAGAAAGAAGAAGAAGGAAGAAGAGGAGCAAAAUGUCUGGAAGUGGUGGGAGGAGGAGAAAAAAGACGAUGGAACUAAAUGGAAGUUCUUGGAGCAUAAAGGGCCACUUUUCGCACCACCCUACGAACCACUGCCUUCUAGCGUUAAAUUUUACUACAAUGGAAAGGAAAUGAAAUUGUCUGAGGAAACUGAAGAAGUGGCGACAUUCUACGCUCGAAUGAUAGAACACGACUAUACGUCAAAGAAAGCAUUCAACGACAACUUCUUCAAGGACUGGCGCGACGUCAUGACUGAACACGAGAGGGCCAAGAUCACCGAUCUGUCCAAGUGUAAUUUCCGUGAAAUCCAUGAUCACUUUGUGCAGAAGAGUGAGGAGCGCAAGGCAAUGUCGAAAGAGGAGAAGAAGAAAAUCAAGGAGCAAAAUGAAGAAGUGCAAAACGAAUACGGUUUCUGUACUAUCGAUGGGCACAAGGAGAAAAUAGGCAAUUUCCGAAUAGAACCACCGAGUUUGUUUCGAGGUCGCGGUGAGCAUCCUAAAAUGGGUAAACUGAAGAGAAGAGUCGUACCUGAGGACGUGCUCAUCAAUUGUUCGAAAGAUUCGGUGGCUCCGAAGCCGCCGUCGGGGCACAGGUGGAAGGAGGUGAGACACGAUCCGAAUGUCACUUGGUUGUGUUCGUGGACUGAGAAUAUUCAAGGCCAAGUGAAAUACGUCAUGCUGAAUCCCUCGAGUAAGUUGAAGGGCGAGAAGGAUUGGCAGAAAUACGAGACGGCGAGGAAGCUAGCAAAAUCAAUAGACAAAAUUCGUGACGAGUAUCGAGAAGACUGGAAGAGCAAGGAGAUGCGGAUCAGGCAGAGGGCCGUCGCUUUGUACUUUAUCGAUAAACUCGCCCUCAGAGCUGGUAACGAAAAGGACGAGGAUCAAGCCGACACUGUGGGUUGUUGUUCGCUGAGAGUCGAACACAUUAAUCUAGAGGAACACAAGGAUGGAAAGGACUAUGUUGUCGUGUUCGAUUUCUUAGGUAAAGAUUCUAUAAGAUACUACAACGAAGUUCCAGUUGAGAAGCGAGUUUUCAAGAAUCUUCAAUUAUUUAUGGAAAAUAAAUCUCCGGGCGAUGAUUUAUUUGAUCGUUUGACGACGACAGUGAUGAAUAAACAUUUAAACGAACUGAUGGAGGGCCUCACUGCGAAAUGUUUCAGGACAUACAAUGCCUCUUGGACCCUGCAACAGCAACUGGACAAAUUGACCGAUCCCAAUGACUCGGUGGCUGAGAAGAUUCUCGCCUAUAAUAGAGCAAAUCGAGCAGUUGCAAUAUUGUGUAACCAUCAGCGUUCCGUUCCAAAAACACACGCCAAGUCGAUGGAGAAUCUUAAGGCAAAGAUUGACGCUAAGAAGGAGGCAAUCACUGAAGCUGAAAUUCAAGUUAAGGAAGCUAAACGCGACGCUAAGAAUGGAUCAGUCAAGGAGAAAGUGACAUUUGACAAGAAAAAGAAGAUGUUGGAACGAUUGAAGGAGCAGCUGACGAAAUUGGAAGUCCAAGCUACUGAUAAAGAAGAGAACAAAGAAAUUGCUCUGGGCACAAGUAAAUUAAAUUACUUGGAUCCUCGAAUCUCGGUAGCAUGGUGUAAGAAAUAUGACGUCCCAAUUGAGAAGAUUUACAAUAAAACACAAAGAGACAAGUUCCGAUGGGCUAUAGACAUGGCAGGAGCUGAGUUCGUCUUUUAAUUACUUUUCAAUCACUUGAGAUGAGUCUGAGUCUUGGUUUAGUAAAUUUUUUCUUGAAUCGCGGAAACUUGUACAGAGCCGUGACUAGGAAAGUUUUCACCCGGGACAAAGCUUUAGUCCCAACCUUUUUUGAAGAAGAUUGUGAAGAAUUUUGUGUUUAAGUGUAUACAUAUACUCAACUUCUUAAAAAAAAGAAAACUUGAAAAAAAUUAUUUUAUUUAGACAAAUGCAUCAACAUUUGUUAAUAUAAAAUAUGUAUUACAGAUUUUUAAAAAUUUGUACUUUAGGAAGCGUAUGUAGAACUCUUAUAAUCGAAACAAACGAUAAUUCAUUUAAAAAUUUUACAAAUAAUACGAAACAAAUAGAACUUCAAAUGACAAUUGAGUCAAAAUAUUAUAGAAAAAUUAAAUUUUACUUUUCUAGCCUCCAACGAAGCGAAAACGAGAAGAAGUUUUUCCGUUUUAUUAUGUUUUAUUGAUAGAAACAAACUGAGAAUAGUAUGUCUCUCCUGUCCCAUUCAAGUAUUUUUUGUCAACUUUAAGUUACUAAACGAUCGUUCUGCUGACGCUGACGCUGACGCUGACGUAACGGUUUAACAAAUUUCUUUACAUUAUUUCCGUUUUUUUAUAAUUUGGUGUUGAAUCAAAAUUUUUAGUCCUUUUUCUCGAAAUUUUCGCAUAAUGCAGGAAAGAAGUUUCUUUUGCAUUUACUACUUUAAUUCAAAAAUUCUUCUUUAAGUUAGCAAUUAUUAUAUUGCUAAAUCCAUUGCAUGCUUUUGAAGCAUAUUGUCUGUUAGAAAUUUAGUAUUAAGACUUGUGAGGGAGUCAAAAUGCUAAAUCAUGAGGUUUAUUAAUUGUAGAAAAAGUGAUAUGAAAUUCAUCAGUUGCAGACAGAUUUUUACUUUCAUCCAUUUCAUCCUCAGCUUCAUACUGAAAUUGUCUUCGUAUUACUUUCAUCAUCUUAACACUUAGCUUUACGUUACUUAAAAUCAAUCAAUUUAAUUCUGUUCAAAAUUUCCUUCUUUCUUUUGUUUCCAUGAAAUUCACAAACUUGUCUUCAAUAAGGCAUGGCAUCUUCGUAAAUUUUAUAACAUAUCUUUAAAAGUCUCAUUUGCUCUUUGAGUUGAAGGUACAAUUCAAUGAAAUGGCAAAAUAUGCCAUUGAAUAGAUUUUUUCAAACCAUAUGGAGAACAAUUAUUAUGUUUAUCUUGUUCAGGAUUUUCUUUAACAAAAAUAGCAGUUAGAUUGAAUACAAAGACGUUUCCAUGUUGUUGGGUUAUAUUAACUAUGUUUAAGACUGGAUCUUACAUUCAUAUAUGAUAAUUUUCUUCUCUCAUCUUUUUUAAUUUUCGAUAUUAUACCUACGAAUUUUUCGACACACCAAAAUAUCUAAAACUUUCUGUGUUUAAAAAGAAAUGGAACAUAACCUCGUAAAUGAAAUAUUUGAUACUUCCCAAACCUAAAAACUUGAAUACACUGUUUUAAAAUGUGAAUGCAUGCGAAUUUAGAUUUACCGUAAUAUCGUUUGUAUACGUUGGCAGAAUGACACAGUGAUCAGCAGGGAUGGGCUCGUAACAAACUGUAUGUAGUUACCAUGUAACGUACGUAAACAUUUCGAAAAUCGUUAGGAAAAUUACCGACAUAUGUAGCAUACAUAACCUCACAUUUUAUAAAAAUAUUCACCAUAUUCACUGUCUCAGUUUGAAAAUGUUAAUUAAAUUUUUUAUAAAUAGUAAGGAAAACGAAAUCAAGUAGAAAUUGGAGUAUGGAACAGUUCAUCUAACAUUCUAUGCUAGAAUUUAUAUUUUCAAUGUGUGAAUAGGAAAAAUUAAGGAAUUUGUACUAUUUUACGUAUAGUAAUUAUUAAUUUAAUUGCAAUUAAUAUCGACUUUUAUGAAUUACGACUCUUGUAAUAUUAUACAUUUAAGUGCCAAUACUUUAAAAAAUAACGCUUGAAAAGUUACAUGUACGUCAAAGAUGAGCGCUCCUAAUAUAUCGGCGCCGUUGACCACUUACUUGGGUCUGUGCAUUCUAUCUUGUUCAUAAGGUUGAGUCCACAAUAGACAGCGUUAAGGAGAUUGAGCUACUUAAGACCAUCGAUAAUCUACUUAAGACCAUUGAUAUCAAUGGUGUUAAGUAGCUCAAUCUCCUUAACGCUGUCUAUUGUGGACUCAACCUAACAUUAUUUUUUAACCUUUCGGGGCAUCGCGGUUUCUGAGAAAACUGCAAUAAGUCAAUAAAAAAAGUAUGUAAAAUGCAAUUUUAGAAAAUCUCAAUCAUCAUUCCCUAAGCAAAAGGUUCUGCUGAAUCGAAAGUUGAAAGAAAUAUUUUUUGUUUAAUUUAGUGUCCUUCCUUAAUUUAGUCCACAAUAAAAUAAAUCGACUCGAUUUCGAUGCGCAGUAAACAAAAAUGUAUGUACGCGCAUCGAAUCGUCUUGAAAGUCGAGACGAUUUUUAGCUAUUCUGGAAUCAGCCUGAAGUCGAAAAUGUAAAAAAGGCAAAGCACAAUACUUUCGCGAACGUGUAAAGUAGACUGUAGAGUGACCAGAUUUUGGAAAUGAUUUCGUAGGACGGCCAACCCCGGGUUUAGGCCAAUAACCAAAAAAAGUCCUCAUUUCCUAAAACAUUAAAUAUUAAUUCUCUAAUACCAAUUUUCACGUCGACACUUGGUCGACGAACAGCCGAGUCUUUGUCUUGAAGGCAAGUGUUGCCAAAUACAGUUAAUCAACUAUUAAUAAUUAAUUAAAUUUAAAUUAAUCAUAAUGAAUUGAGUUGGCAACAUUUGACUUUGAGUCACAGUCAACCUAAAAACGGAAAAAUUUACGUCACGCUAUAUUGGACAAACCACAAGAGGUACAACUUCCAAUGCAUCAAAAUGUUAACAUGUAGGCCUGUGCGGUUAACCGGUUAACUGGUUAUAAAACCGGUUAUUGUCAUAACCGGUUAUAAAAUUUUUGAGCAAACGGUUAACCGUUUUCCGGUAAUUUUAAAAUAACCGGUUAUUUUAGAAUAAUAUUUAUUUUGGAAUAAUCGGUUAUUUUAGAAUACCCGCUUAUAUUGAUAUUUCGUAAAAUUAUUAUAACCGGUUACUCAAUUAUAAAAUGUUGUUCGGUUUUUGGUAUAUAUCGUCUGCAUAAAUAGACAAUUUCUAGAUAUUUGCCUGUGUAAUCUGUCUCUGAAAUUUGUAGGUUAUGUGCGACCUGCACUUGUCGCCCGACAAAAACGGUACUGCCUGGUUUAAAUGACGUGAAAUUGGUAAACAAUCAUUUUCGAACGAGUUUUUCUCUGCACACAAGCACUUUUUGCAAAAUCUGAAUCCGAACCAAUGAAGCGGUUGCAAAAUGGGAAAUACAAAAGCAACAAAAGUAAUGUAGGCGGCAAGAUCUUUGUUACAGCCAUUAGCCAUUUGCUUAUAAUUAUGCUGUCCUUUCGGUUUGACGGCGUUUUCAAAAGUAGUGACACAUCUAUCAAAAUGUUGUUAGUUCGUGGCGUAUAAACCAACUUAUACGUCACGAACCCACAACAUUUUGAUAGAUGUGACACUACUUUUGAAAUGCCGUCAAACCGGAAAGACAGCAUAUUCCCUGUCGGAAGAAUAGACUGAAAUAGACUGAAAUUGUACUGGGCUCAGUACAAUUUCAGUCUGAUUUUUUUUUAAUGUUUCGGUAGACAUUUUUAAAGUCCUUUAACAAUAGUUUAAAAUGUAGGUUUUGUCAACAAACCAUUGUUAACAGUCUGGAAGUGAAAAUAAAAAAGGUUAACAAAAUUUUCAAUGAAAUUCCCGUUAAGUUUUAAACUUAUAUUGCAACCCCUGCUUUAACAAUAGACCCGAAAGCCUAUUGUUGUAUGGGAUUAUAAUUUUAUGACUUAAAAAGUUUACAAUUUAAAUAACACAAUUUUUAAAACCAAAAAAUUUAAAUCUGUGGUGCUUUAUGAUUACAAAUAUCUAAAAUUCAUUAUAAAAAAUUAUUAUUUAAAAAAGUUAUGAACUAUCUCGCGAACUCUAAUUGUUACGUAAAAACAGAUAUUAUUUUUGAAUUUAGAUUCACAUGAACAUUUAGCAUAUAUUAUAAUUACUUGCGAAGAAUCUGAGUUCAUGAAAAACAAAUAUAAUGUUGAAGUAUAAAUAAAAAUUAUUUUUAACAUUGACAAAGAAAUAUUCGUCCUUCAACUUAAUGACGGUUAGGCCAUAAACACCACCUAUAGCGACCCUUUUGCAGGUAAUUUUUCCCAGUACAAUUUCAGUGCUAAAACGCAGCAAAUUUUGACUGAAAUAGACUGAGCUCUCAGUACUAAUUCCCCAGUACAAUUUCAGUCUAUUCUUCCGGCAGGGUUAUGUUAAGCAUUUGAGUAUGUCUUGACAUGUUGUCUCGAAUAUUGGAAAUAUUGAGAAAAUAUUGUCAAUGUUGCUGCAAGUUUUGGUGCUGUGUGGAUGACUAUAUUAUGCUGCUUCUACAACUGUUUUUUCAUCGAUGCGAACAAAAUGCACUCUCAGAUGCGCACAAACCGAUAAUUAUUCAACGCGCAGCGUUUUAAAAGUCUUUGUCGAAUGUCGAUGAAAAAAGAUUAUUUGCAGUCGUGCAAUAAAUUUAUGGUGAGUGUUAGUAAAAUAGAAAAACUCGAAUAAUCAAUAUUCAAUGGGUAUUGGGGUUAUUGUUGACGAUCUACAGUCAGUUUUUUCAAAGUUAAAAUGGAUGAUCCAAUAUGGCGGACUUUGCGAGCCCAUCCCUGAUCACUGUGUUAUUCCGCCAACGUGUACAGACGAUAAACUUAACUUCGCAUUUUGUAACAUUUUUGUCACAAUUUAAAGCAGUGGCAUCCAAGUUUUUAGGUUUUGGUAAGUAUAAAUUACUUUAUUGGCCAGUUUCUUUUAUUUCCCUUUCCAUUGCAUCUGUAUAGAUUCUGGCAAUACAAGAUUUCACAUUAGUAUAAACGGUAUAAACAAACAACCCUAACCUCCCUAACUUAAUUUCCAAUUGCGCUAAUCUACUAAUGCAAUUAGAUAAAAAAUAAAACAUAUUUUAUUUUUAUUCCAUAUCAAGAAACGUUUUCCAUAUUUCAAAUCACAUUAACUUUAAUAAGUAGGGAAGAGUGAUUACUAAAAGAAAUAAAUACAAAUGUAUAAUUUAUUCUUAAACAUAUUAGUAUAAUGAAAGAAAAUCAAAUCAGAACUGUUGAAAAUGAGGCAAUAGAAGAUGAAUAAGAUAAUUUCAUCAUUACAUAAUUAAAAAGUGUGCAAUGUGAUUCUAAUAUAUUAUUGAUGAAAUUUUGAAUGAAUGAUACACGCGAACUUAAGAUACUAUAUAACUUAUUAGGAAUUUCUUAUAAAAAAUAUUUAGCAAAUUUUUUUCUUUUACUUGUAUACAAUGAUCUUUGGUUAUUUUUAAAAUUAAUUGUUUUUAACAAUCUCAUUCUUCAUAAGCAUGAAUCGCAUCAUAAAUGAGAAAUUUAUUUAAUUUAACGAAUGAAUGUUUAAUCAUUUACUAUUAAUAAAAACAAUGGUUGUAACUUAAUUUAUAUUAACUAUAAAAUAAAUAUGAUAAUUUUUACAACCCCAUCAUUACAAACAGUGCGAUUGAUUUUAAAUAUGUAAAAAAAUGUUGGGAAAAGUACUCUAUAUUUUAAUAUACUUAAGAAAUAAAUUAAAAGUGAAAAAGAAAUAAAAUUUCAGAUAAGAUAUACCUAGGUCGAUAAAAUUGUAAACGUUGUAAACCAAUGAAAUUGAAUGAAUAAUGAAUAAUGAAUGUAUUAAGAGGGCAGCUCACGGAACACAAUAUAUCAUUAAAUAGCAAGAAAAUGACUGCAUGUGUCUGUAAACAGAGCUCUAGUUUCUGAUAUUAGUAUUAAUAAGUAUAAACAAAAAAAAGAAUGUAGGGUGUUUUUAUAUUUUUAUCAAAUAUUAAGAAAUUCCUCUGAAGCACCAACAUACAAUGGACGUAGCUUGGUGGCAACUUAGCACCAAGAAGAGAUUGCCAAAAAUUUGGUGCCUAAGGCCAUAAGGCGACUAUCAAGUUUUGCUAUAACAUCUCUGAAAUCGUAAAUCGCAAAAUCAUAGAAUUGUAAGAAGGAGAAGGAUCUACUCAUUCUUACGAUUCUAAGAUUUGCGAUUUCAUUGUGUUUAGUUAGAUUUAUUAGCUAUUGGAGUGCCGUUCUCCUUGACGUAACCUCGCUGAAAAUACUUGUAUGUACAAGAUCACACGCAAUCACACGUGAGAAUUCACGAAAGAAUUUUGUGUAGUCCUUCAUUCUCCUUAUAACCUCGUCAACAAAAACGGUCCAUUGUAUCGACACUUCAGUGUAUUACUUUAUAUAAAUAAUGUAGCAAAACUUGCACAAAACGUAAGACUGCAUGACUAUGUGUUUGGAACAUUGCCACUUCUGUACAUUAAAAAUAAUAAAUGUGUUUAUUCAAAAA